AUGGAUUUCACGUGUACCAAUGCACCUAGAUAUUUUCCUGAAGAACCUCUGGUGUUGGGAUGUAAUUUCUCGCAGGAAGGGCGGUACCCGCAUGGGCAAAUGGCUACCGUCGGAAGCUUUGACGCGUGGCUGGCUUCCGCGAGCAGCAUCAACUGCGACUCCCAAAAGUUCCACCAACUGUCGAGCUGGCCCACGGCACCUUCGUUGACUCCAACUGCAAAUGACGCGUCUGGGUUCCCGAGAAACGGCAAUGUCCACCCAAAGCAUUCGAAACAAAAUUUAUCUAAGGAAGGACAGUGCCUUAGCCUUCUUACGGCAGAGCUGCGGGAAAUACAUGGGGAGGUGCAGCCACCUAACGCACGGCAUCCAUGUGACGAUAGCAAGCAGCGCGUGGAAAGCUUCAACGGCUGCCCACGCCUCCCACGUGCCAUGUCCGAACCCGAGCAGCUGCGCGCUGGGUGCGCCUUCUGCUUGAGCCUCGUCAGCGUGUUUCGGAUUCCAAAUGUUAAUAUGCACACGAAUCCAUCCAUCCAUCACAAGGUGUUACGGUGCAAGAACUGGUGUCUCUCCACACGCGACCACUGCUCAGGUUACGACCUGGCAACGCUUCCCGAGCGUGAUGUUAUAUCACCCCCAACUGAAUACGGAAGAGCCCUUUGUACCAUGGAGUCAAGCUGCGACACAUCGUUGUCGUACAGCGCGCUUACGGCUGCGGGCUCUGUCACGCGCAUUAGGAGCGAUCAGCUUGACCAGACACAACCUGGCGCUGCAAAAAGGGCGGCGGCGGAUGGGGCAGAAGCCUGCCGUUACGUGCCAGUGGAUUCCUCAACUUCCGGAUUGACGACGGCGGCGAUUGCCACCUACUCCGCAUCCAAGGCAUCUACCGCACAGGUUCAGUUUCACAAGUCCACUGUACUAGGUUUUCGCAGCGAAGGGAGUCGUACAUCGGAAAAGCGCAACAUGUACGACGGAACCGUACGGGGCGGCUGUCCACGAAAAGCCGGGUGGCGUGGCGGCGGCAGCGGCAGCAAUGCAGGCAGUGAGGGCAGCGGCGACGUUUAUCCGGAUCGAGGACAGGGACAGGCGCCGUACGUGCUGCUCCCGCGCUACAAGGAGUCUGUCCUCCUGGCUGACAUGCUGAAGAAUGCGCUGUGUCGAAACUGA